GUGCGAGCCCGCGAAGCGGCGCUUUUACAAUUGGAGCCUCGCUUGUCGCAGCAGCGAGCCGAGAGCACUGGCUACGUGAAGGCGUUGCCCGCACCCUCUGCCAUCUCCAGUGAGCGCUGGCGGCAGGCCGAAGAGGAUCUGGAGAAGACGAAGUCCAGCUUGGCAUCCCUGAAGACGGAGGCUGUGACCCAGAGCAGCGCCAUCCAUGGCAUGACCGAGCAGUACGAAUCCGUGCGGGUGGCUUUGGGCGCCAUGCAAAGUGGCUUGCUGGAGGUGCAGCAAAAGCAGCUGAAAACCACGGAGGUUGAAUCCUUGGUGACCCAAGCGCGGCAGGAGCUGCACAAGGAGUCUCUCGAGCGGAAAGCUGAAAACCAUCAGCUCUCAACGCAGCUCCUGGAACACUCGGAGCGACUUGAGUGGGCAGAACAGCAAAGAUUGAAGGCCGAAAGUGCCUUGAUGCAGGACUUGUUGGAGACCAAGACGGAGCUCAAGCGAGAGAUCCGGGAACGUGAAGAGGGCCAGUCCCAGGCCAGCUUGCAGCUGCGGGAAGAGAUCGGGAAGCGCGAGGAAGCCUUCGAGCGGGAGGUUGGACGGGAGGAUAGUGGGACGAUGGACGGGAAGUGGAGCUUUGCGAUUCAAAUACGCUUUAGCGGCACCUUCGAGCACUGUCUCAGCUUUGAAGCGGGUGAGGAGUUUAAAGUGCUGCGGUGGAGCAAAGCUGGAUGGUGGUGGGCACAGAGAGGUGUCGACAACCAACAAGGUUGGGUCUAUUCUGCACAGAUGAGACCUAAGAUGUGCACUUCCUGCCAUGAGAAGGUGCAGAAUCUCCCUACUCCAGCCCAAGAGCAGGAGAUGGCAGAGGCUGAGGCUGCUGUGGUGCCAGAAGUGGAGCCAUGGCCACCUUUGCCUCCCACAGAAGACACACCAGUGUGGCCUCCCCUACCCCCAGGUGAGCCACCCAAGAGCUCAAAAGCACCGAGAGAACCUGAGAACCUCUUGGAGGGCGACUAUGCACAAACGCUGACCUUUCGAAAUGACGGGAAGGUGGUGCCAACAGGUGGUGAAAUGAACGAUCAUGUGCUGCGUCAGUGCGAGUACUACUUCAACUACCAGCAAUGGAUCGACGGGCAAAACGCUGGGAGCAAGAAGAAGACGGGGAAGGCACGUUUACGUCUUGAUGGCGAGGAGCGCGUGGAACAGAAGUUGCAGGCUGCGGUGCGAGAAGAGCGCAGGCAGCGAGUACAGUCGGAGUUGCGCUUCGAAGGGGAGGACAAGGGGAGCGGCACGCUGAUCAAUGUCUCCGCGAUGGAGGAGCAGGGCCGUGUACGCCAGCAGCUGCUGGACCUCCAGGCGCGCGUCGCCUCCUCGGAGGCCCGGCAGAAGACGGUGGAGUCCUGCGACACCUUCCGCACGGCCACGCUGCCUUUGCUGGCGAAGUUCGGCAUCGAGGAGCAGCUGAGUUUCAAGAUCUUGAAGCGUGGCGCACCUCCUCUGGGUGGUGGAGAGGUGAUCUUCAGCUGCCCCAUCGUCAAGGCCAUCCAGCCGAUUGAGUUGUUGAACGAGGGAAAGGUGAAACGUGUUCGCGGCGUAGCCUAUACCACGAAAGUGAGUCCACAGGCAGCCUGUUCGGGGCGAGGUUGGAGUUCUCGUCGCGCCCUGACGUUGGUCGGCAAACACGGUCUGGGCACCCUUCCAAGCAUAUGA